GGACAGGAGACACACACACACACACACAGACAAACCAAAAGCAGAGGGAGGAGUGAGAAAGAACAUCUCAAAUCUGUACAUCCUGCAGCACUCAAGACUGUUGCACAUCACAACUGGAGGGAAUCAACAGGGAAAGUAACGUGUGUGUGUCACCGAGAGCUUGAGGCUGCUGCAGAAAGGAGCAGAGAUUCGAUCUGAUCUGAUUUAUUUAUUUUUCCCUCUUCUUCCUUCACUAAGUGUCACCGAAGCUUCGCGUCGCUUCUCAUCGUUUCUUGACUCGACUUUUUUUUAAACGGGAAAUCCUCGGGGUGCCAAAUGACAGCUGUUUUUAUUACAUCGAAAAAGAAAAAUUCAAACGGCCGCUCUUCGACUGUGGGGAGAAGGAACAAAAAAUAGGAGAAUGGUUUUAUUUUAAUGUUUUAUUGCGGUCUGGUCCCGAGUCAGAGAGAGAGAGCAGCUGGCCGUGGAUUUUGAGUGGAGGGAGAGAGAGAGGGGCGCAAACGCACACACACACACAGAUAGAUAUUCAUCCAGACGCUGUGAGAGUGUGUGUGUGUGUGUGCAGCAUGCAAAAUUUUCACCAGCUGCAUCUCAUGAAAUUGGAAGGAACACAUCGCAAGCAUUAAAAGUGGAACAUCGGCGGCGCCGCAGUUCGCAAACGGCUUGGAUUUCACUUGAGGGCGAAAAGGCAGGAAAGAGAGAAAGGGGAAUGAACAGGGAAGAGAAGAUUUUGUACCUCGGACACCGUUUCUGAAGAAAACCCGGAUCAUUGGGUAGCAGAGAGAAAACGGGGAGAAAAGUGUUCAGCAAGUCCCCACCCCCCCCCCCCCCUCCUCCGCCCCAACUCUCCUCCCCACCUCUGAAGGAUUUAUAAUGCAAGAUGGUGACCGGAGAGUUUGCUCUUGUCGUCAAACUCAAUCGCAAUUGGAAAUGAUUCUCGGAGUAAGAUCUAUCGACGCUUUUCACACUGCUGCAGGCUCGUUUGUUUUGCGAGCUGUUAAUCAACAGGUUUAACGCCCUGGAGGGGGAGAACAUAAAAUAACAUCUUUUUUUUUAGGGGCGAGAAAACAAGAGGCUGGGGGAGGAAAGGAACAAGUUCUGGGAAUGUACCUGCACACUGUAAUUUUUGCCUUAUUGUGGACUGGAGCGCUGACCUUGAAGAAUUUGAAAUACACGAUCCUGGAAGAGCAGGGACCCGGGACCGUGAUCGGGAACAUCGCCAAAGAUGCCCGGCUGGCGACCAGUCCCGAGCAGAGGAAGGCGAACUUUCGGGUGUUGGAGAAUUCGGCGCCGCAUCUGCUGGACGUGGACCGGGAGAGCGGCUUGUUGUACACCAAGCAGCGGAUCGACCGGGAGGCGGUGUGCAAGCGGGCGCCCAAGUGCCUCGUCUCCCUGGAGGUGUUCGCCAACGACAAGGUGCUCUGCAUGAUCAAGGUGGAGAUCGUGGACAUCAACGACAACGCGCCGAGCUUCGCGAGCGAGCGCAUCGAGGUGGAGAUCCCGGAGAACGCGGCGCCGGGCACGCGCAUCCCGCUGGCGAGCGCGCACGACCCGGACACGGGCCCUUUCGGGCUGCAGGGUUACGAGCUGAGCGGCCCGGGGACCGGGCCCUUCGGUUUGGAGGUGAAGUCCCGAGGAGACGGCACCAAGUUCCCGGAGCUGGUGAUCCAGAGGCCGCUGGACCGCGAGCAGCAGCCGCGCCAUGUGCUGCAGCUGACGGCGCUGGACGGCGGCGAGCCUCCCAAAUCGGGCACGGUGCAGGUCCGCCUGGAGGUGGUGGACACCAACGACAACAGCCCGGCGUUCGAGGAGCCGAGCCUGACGGUGGAGGUGAGCGAGGACACGCCGGCGGGCACCGUGCUGGCCCGGGUCAACGCCAGCGACCCGGACGAAGGCAGCAACGGCGAGGUGCUCUACUCGUUCAGCCCGUACGUGAGCCCCCGGGUCCGGGAGCUGUUCUCCAUCGAGCCGCGUACCGGCACGCUGCGGCUCCGCUCGCCGCUCGACUACGAGGAGAGCAGCAUCUACGAGAUCGACGUGCAGGCCAAAGACCUGGGCCCGAACUCCAUCCCGGCCCACUGCAAGGUCUCGGUCCGCCUGCUCGACGUUAACGACAACGCGCCCGCCGUCAGCUUCGUGUCGGUGCACCAGGGCCCGGUGAGCGAAGCCGCCCCUCCCGGUACCGUCAUCGCACUGGUCAAAGUGACCGACCGUGACUUCGGCCGUAACGGCCAGCUGCAGUGCCGCGUGCUGGGCGGGAACGCGGCGCCGUUCCGCCUCGAGGAGAACUACGACAACUUCUACACGGUGCUGACCGAGAGGCCGCUGGACCGCGAGCUCGCCGACCAGUACAACCUGACCAUCGUGGCGCGGGACAACGGCAGCCCGCCGCUCAACGCCAGCCGCUCGUUCACCGUGAGGGUGGCGGACGUGAACGACAACGCGCCGCGCUUCACCAAACCCGUGUACGUGCUGCAAGUGCCCGAGAACAACAUCCCCGGCGAGUACCUGGGCUCGGUGCUGGCCCACGACCCGGACCUAGGCCAGAACGGCACCGUCUCCUACUCCAUCGUGCCGUCGCGGGUCGGCGACGUCUCCAUCUACACGUACGUGUCGGUCAACCCGUCCAACGGCGCCAUUUACGCCCUGCGCUCCUUCAACUACGAGCGCACCAAGUCGUUCGAGUUCAAAGUGUUGGCCAAGGACUCGGGCAGCCCGCCGUUAGAGAGUAACGCCACCGUCAGGGUCACGGUGCUGGACGUUAACGACAACGCCCCGGUCAUCGUGCUGCCGGUGCUGCAGAACGACACCGCCGAGAUCCACGUGCCCCGCAACGCCGGCCUCGGCUACAUCGUCGCCACCGUUCGGGCCGUCGACAGCGACUACGGCGAGAGCGGCCGCCUCUCCUACGAGAUCGCCGAGGGCAACGAGCAGCAUCUCUUCGACAUGGACCCGAGCAGCGGCGAGAUCCGCACGGCCCAGGCCUCCUGGGACGAGCAGGCCCCGAGCGCCGAGCUGGUCGUGCGGGUCAGCGACCACGGGAAGCCGUCCCUGUCGGCGGUGGCCCGCCUGGUCAUCGUGGCCUACCUGGGGGAGGCCCCGAAAGACGAGCACCGGCUGCGGCGGCAGCAGCGGCCCUGGGACAUGUCGCUGCCCCUGAUCGUCACCCUGAGCUCCAUCUCGGUCAUCCUGCUCGCCUCCAUGGUCACCAUCGCCGUCAAGUGCCGGAGGGAGAACAAGGAGAUCCGGACCUACAACUGCCGCAUCGCCGAGUACUCUCACCCCCACCUCGGGGCCAAGGGCAGCAAGAAGAAGAAGAUCAGCAAGAACGACAUCAUGUUGGUGCAGAGCGAAGUGGAGGAGAGGGAUGCCAUGAACGUGGUGAGCAGCCCCUCGCUGGCCUCUUCUCCCGUCUAUUUCGAUUACCAGACCCGCCUGCCUCUCAGCUCCCCUCGCUCUGAAGUCAUGUACCUGAAGCCCACCUCCAACAACCUGACCGUCCCCCAGGGCCAUGUGCUCUGUCACACUUUCUCCGGACAGGGUUCAAAUCCCAGCGACGGGACCUCGACGAGAAUGUCACUGAUUCAG